GGUUUUAGUCCGCGUGGUGGCCGCGGAGGAGGUGGAAGAGGUGGCGGCGGACGAGGUUUGUAAACAUCAUACACUAACUGAAUUCCCAGCUGAAUCGAAUCGUGCUGUUAUACUGCAAGGUUUUGCGUUUACCUCGUGUCUGAUUAUAGUUUUAACGGAUUCUUUUUCAAAUCUGUGCUGCAAAGUAAAUUUUCAUUUUGAUCAGGGAUGAAGGUCUUGCAUGUGAGCCCAAAAUUUCGAUAGAUAUAAAUGUUGAUCUCAAGGACAAUGCUAAAACGUGCUCCAGUGUACUUCUAAUGUCAUCCUUCACAAAGUCGUACAUAAUCUUGUAUGAAAAUUUUGUUGUUGGAAAGCUAUCAAAAGUCUAAUCACUCAUCCGUGUGUUUCGAGCCAAACAGGACUUUGUAUUUUAAUAUAUCCAGUUGGUAAUUUAAUAUGAGCACACAGCAACACAUUACCAGAGACAGCAAGAUCUUAUUCAUGUGACUGUUGCAUGAAAACACUAGAACUACUAAUACCCUCUUUGGAUGAGGUGCUACAGCUGCAGUCCAUCAUGAGUUACCACAAUUCUCACAACCUGAACAAUUGGUCAAGUUUUUAUAGCAUUCGGCUGGGUUGCAAAGAACUCAGGUCACCUGCUGAAAUUUAAAGCAAGGCUGCUCAGUGAUGGUGAACUUCAGAAAAGCCCAUUGUGCCUUACCAAGAGAUCUCAACAAAAAAUCCAACAUGGAGACAGCUGCUUUUUCAUUCAACAAAUUUUUCAGGCAGCCAGAGCCUUGAGUUCAUUAGUACUCUUUUACACUCUUGGGUAGAGAGAGAAUCCCAAGCACUAUAAGCAUAAGGUUGUCUACCCAAGAAUACAGUGCUGACUCAAAUCAUACCUCAAUCACGGAACAGACCAUGGUCCUGCUGGUUAACCCUUUCUCCUCUAGAAGAUACCAAUGAGUUAUUCCACUGAACAAUAUCAAUACAUUGUCGACGUGAUGAAAAGAAAAGAAAAGAUUGUUAACAAGAGGAUAUUGUUUGAUUUCAAUACCAAAUUCUCAGGGCUAUAAUCACAGGAAAUAUUUAAAAUACAGUCCAUAGAAUUGAUUCCUAGAUCUUGGUAAUAAAAAGAUACAAAAACACAGUUUGUGGGAAGAUCAGAGUGCCCUCUGUUCAGGCAGUGACAAAUAGAGAUAUUUGAAGUGAGCUUUGACCCUUUCCAAUUUUUAUCUCACCAGAUUCUAUGUUUGUAACAUUAGUUUUCUUCAGUGCAAUGGAAUGGUAUUCUGCAGCUACUAAGAAUUGUUGUUAUAUUCAUAGGUGGUUUCCGUGGGGGUGGUGGUAGAGGUGGAGGAUUUGGAAGAGGUGGAGGAGGUGGCAGAGGUGGAAGAGGUGGAGGCUUUGGUGGUCGUGGAGGAGGCAGAGGCGGAGGCAGAGGUUUGAUGUCAUUGUUUAUAUUAUCAUUGACACAACCAGCACGUAAUUGUGAACACAUUUUAGAUUAAGUAAAAGAAAAGUUUGUGUAAAGUACAAACUCCAAAGGACCAUUAAAAUAGGUCACAGAUCAAGUGGCCAAAUGGCCCUUAAGUUUGGGUACUUAUCUCUGAUUUUUGUAAUGCAUGGCUAGGAAGGGAACUGAAUGCCUACCCCUCUUGUGGCCCACAAGUGUAGGUACUUAUCCUGGAUUUUUGCUGUGCAUGGCCAGGAGGGGAACUGUAUACCUACCCCUCCUGUGGCUCAUAAGUGUGGGUGCUUAUACCUGAUUUCUGCAGUGCAUAACCAGGAGAAGAACUGUAUGCCUACCUCUCCUGUGGCCCAUAAGUGUGGGUACUUACCCCUGAAUUUUGCAGUGCAUAGCCAGGAGGAGAACUGUAUGCCGACCCCUACUGUGGCCCAUAAGUGUGGGUGCUUAUACUUAUUUUUGCAGUGCAUAGCCAGGAGGAGAACUGUAGGCCUACCCCUCCUGUGCCCCAUAAGUGUAGAUACUUAUCCCUUAUUUUUGCAGUGCAUGGCUAGGAAGGGUACUAUAUGCCUACCCCUCCUGGAUAGGGGUGGUAGCUUUAUCACAGGUUUCCUUGGUAGUUCCCUAGUGCCCUUAACCCUUUGCAACUUACCAUAAGUGAGUCUAGUCUCCAUACUAGUCUUAAUACAUUCCCCAAGGCACUGACAAGGAGAAUUUGUUUAGCCCUUGAACUCCCAGAUGUAAUUGUGAAUUCUCUCCUUGAGCUGCUACACAUUUCCUUGCAAACUAAUCACAAGAAUCUAGUGUUAAAUCAGGAUUAAAAACUUCUACCUGAUAAUUUUGAGUAUUCUCAUUACCUGUUUGCUGGAUAAUAUAUGGAUAUUUUAAGCAGAAGUUACAUGUUAAUCACAUCUGGGAAUUAAAGGGUUGAAAAUCAAGAGUUUCUCAUUAUUGAUGUUGCUGUUGUUGUUGAAAGGAGGUGGUCGUGGAGGGUUUAAAGGUGGAGCCAAAGUAACAAUUGAGCCACAUAGACAUGAAGGUAAUUUUGAAAGGUUGAAAUGUUGUGAUAUUUAACAUCCAAGUGUAGUUAAAAUGAUGACAAGUAAAAACUCUCCUAAUUUAACUAUCCUGCUCAACAGUGACAGUUUUUGUAACCUAAAGUUGCUGUUAGUUAUGGAAAGUUCAAGCUUAGAAAGAAUUGAAUGCAGGCUUCAGUAACAGGGUGUAAUAACUCUCUCUACCCAUUAAAUACCAUGAGUGACUAAGGCAGAAUUUUUUUUUACAAUACCAAUCAGACUAAACAUCAAUUAGAGGAUUAUUAACUGACUCAAUACAAAAUUCUCAGAACUGACAUCUUAAAAGAAUUGAAUGGCUUACAGUAUGGAGAAUUACUACUGAGAUCUUGAAAGUGUGAGAGUUAAUUUCACCAUCCUGCUUAUACUGAUGUGGGUGGGUAAUUUGAAUGCAAAACAUGGUAUGACAGACCCAUGUGACUUGAAGGAGUAUCUUCAUUCAACUUUCAAAACUAGAAACAUAGGCAUACAGUAAAUAACCAAAAAAAAAGGGAGAAAAAAAUACAAAUGAUAAUGGAACGUGGGCCUUUCUAGGCUCAAAACAUAUGGCGUUGUUGAUGAAUACAAGGAAACCAUGGCGCAUGUCAGGAAAUGCUGACAUGCGCAAAUGAAGGUAAGGCAAUGCAACAGAAAUAUGUUAAAGCAUAUGGGUGUUGAUAUACUGCUCAUCAACCAAUCUCUGGGUGCUCCAAGGCCAGCACAAGACUAAAAGUAAUAUUUUAGUCAUUCUUUAUGGUUGAUUUUUCUUUUCAUAACAAUAGGAGUAUUUAUUGCUCGCGGAAAGGAAGAUGCACUGGUCACAAAGAACAUAGUCCCUGGAGAAACAGUAUAUGGAGAGAAAAAAAUAUCGGUGGAUGCACCAGUAAGAUACACUUUUUUUUUUUUUUACUCUCCUUGUCAUUCAGUAAUGAACAUGUUGGUUUCAUUGACAAAAGUUAAGGAGAAUCAUCAUAACCAUCUCAGAGAAUUAUCUUUGAAUUAAAUAAAAGUUGAGUAAUCAUUUUAAACCUUCUGACACCCAGAUGGAUUGAGAAGACAUUGAUCUGAAAUUUGGAUUGUGAAAAAUCAAAGUUAAUUAUCUGAAGUUGGCAAACUCUUGAAUCAAUCAAUUCAUUGUGUCUUUAGAUUUUGUGUUUUAUUUGUUUAGUACACUGGGAAUGUUGAAAACAUGGCUAUUUGACAUGGUUUGAUGCUACUCUGGUUUACAGAUUUAAUGAAUGUAACCAAAGAAGUUACAAUUCAUAGACCCAACGUUUCAACACUCCUGUCUAGUGCCUUCAUCAGGAGUGAUCUAAACGCUGCAACAAGAGGUCCUUUUUAUACAAUCACUAAUUAGCUGCCUUUUUUUCUGACGAGGUGUAAAUAGGCGUCAGGAAGUAAGCUGCCAUCAUCAUUAUUUAAAGGAGUGUGGGAGGAUGAUGAACUUUAAUAUAUUACAUGGCUAUUUCUUUUUCAAAUUUCCAAGUGUUAAACAGACAUUAAGGUAACCUUAAUAAGCUACAUUGUACCUGCAGGGUUUGUGGUCAGGAUUGAAAACCAAAUAUACAGAUGUGUAGGAAAUGUGUGGGAUUAGAAAAGGGUAUUUUAAAGGACCUUUUGUUACUGUAUAGGAUGUUGGUGCUGGUGCUGAAAAAGUUGAAUACAGGGUGUGGAACCCAUUUCGCUCCAAGCUUGCAGCAGCUAUUCUUGGUGGAAUCGACAAGAUACAUAUGGCACCUGGAUCUAAGGUGUUAUACCUUGGAGCUGCGUCAGGAACAACUGUGUCUCAUGUUUCUGAUAUUGUUGGUCCAGUAAGUAAUGACCUUUUACACCCUAACAUCAGUAUGCAUAUUCUCCACACCGAUCUCUAUACAUUUCCAAGGGUGCUGACAAGGAGAAUUUGUCAAACAAUCAAAAGUUUGUUUAGUUGUUAAUCAUUUCGUUUAUUCUCGUGAUAGUAAUUUGUGACUCGGGGGUGAUAAUGUAAGGAGAAAUUAGAUUCUAGUCACUCUUAGGGGCUAAAGGAUGAAAGAAAAGAUUUUGACUUUUUAGAAAUUAGGUAAUGACUCAAUACUAAAGUGUGAUAAUUCCCAGUAUAAACUGGGAGAACUGUGAAAGGGAAACAAAAAUCUCCAAAACUAUCAGAAAGGUCUCUUUGCAAAUAUCUCAGACUAGCGUCAAGAAAAUACUGGAAGAUAGAAAAUUUAUCUACAGUCAAAUAAUUUUUGAUUCUGUCAGGGAAAGUAUAGCUUCUUACGUUGUUUUGACAAAUUUGUUCAAGAAUUUUGUAAACUUGAUCAUCCCCCAUGAAGAAAAUAUAAAAACUAUGAAUGAGUGUUACUAUUUCAGAUCCCCUCAAUGUUUAUCCAUCAUUUGUUGCUUUUCAGGAUGGUCUUGUGUAUGCAGUUGAAUUUUCUCACAGAUCUGGCCGUGACCUCAUAAAUGUAGCGAAAAAAAGAACAAAUGUCAUUCCAAUUAUAGAAGAUGCCAGACAUCCACAUAAAUACAGAAUGCUUGUUGGUGGGUUUUCUUUCUUCAGUUACUUGACAUUGUAGUUUCUUACCUAAAUCUGAGAAAUUAAGUGCCUGGUAAUUUUCACUGUUCUCACAUCAGUGUAAUAUUAAGCAAUUGUUCUGGUGCCAUUUCUUCCCAAUAUUUUUUCAAUGGACUAGAAUUGGCAAGAACAUAAGGCAACUAUAUCUGUUUGUUUAAUAUGGUAACCAGUGAAGCCAAUUUCCCAGCCAGUGUUGCAUGUAGAUGACAUGAAUUACACAAGCAAAGCUGGACAGUGUUCUACAAACUUUACUAGACAUGAAUUAAAUGUUAAACUUAAGCUAUUUGAGUUCCAUGCAUAUUUCUUUUUUUUUUAAAUUAGAAAUUUGGUAAAAUUUUUAUUUUCUAGGAAUGGUAGAUACUAUUUUUGCUGAUGUGGCUCAACCAGACCAAGCCCGUAUUGUUGCUAUUAAUGCUCAUAACUUCCUGAAAAAUGGAGGACAUUUUGUCAUUUCUAUAAAGGUAUGCAGAAAAUGGAAUAAGAUGUUCAUUUUUACACCUUUUCCGAGGAAAUACGGCCUAUCAGAAUUUAAGAAAGCUAUGUUACUCUGAGUUUUUCCAAUCUGUGCUUUUGUCUUAUUAGUUAGCAGCUAUAUUUUCAGUUUUUUUCAGCAUUUAGUUUUGGUUACUUUAUUUGCUAAUCAUCCUUUUUAUUUGGUGUCAUGAAUUUAUUUAUACACCCUUUGACGAAGUUGUUAAAACAUCAUCAAGAUCAUUCACAUUAUGGAGCCAGAUCAAAACCACUCAUAAUAAUCUCUACAUUUUUAGGCCAACUAUUAAGCUUUGUUGUAGUUUAUGUAAAACUCUUAUCUUAUACCAAGGAAUAUCCCAUUUGUCAGUCCUGUAUAUCUUUUCUUGAUAUACACACACCUAUUGAGUAUAUUAAGAAAAUACAAGUGGCCUAUGGUUUUUGAACUCCACAACUCCUAUGAGUGACUAAGACAGAAUUUCUCCUUAAAAUAUUUAUACAAUAUCAACCAGAUGAGUGAUGAGAAUAAAGAAAAUAUCAAUGUGGGGAUAAUAAGUUGAUCCAAGACUAAAUUCUCUGAACUAACAUUGUAAGAAUUGUAUGGUUGACAGUAUAGAGAAUUACAAAUUUGACCUAGGAGUUAAAGGGUUAAGGCAAUAGACCCCACUUUUUAUCCACUUACUUGUGUAACAACCCAUGCAGGAUGUUGGUAGAACACAAAAAGAGUUGGAAAAUCAUUAGUUGGAAGUGAGUGAUUCACAAUUUUUCCUGGCAGUCUCCCAACAUCCUAACUGGGUUAAUAAGUGGGUGAGGCAAUUUAAAGUACAGUUAAUUGCUUUAAUCAAAUAGUUUUAAAACUAAAAAAAGUAUCUUAAUUUUCUAUUGGGUUACCAGUGCAAAAAACAAUCAGUUUUGGACCAAUCAGGGCAUUCAUAUUACGUCAGUUAUUUUGUAAUUCAUGGUAUACCACAUGUAAGCAUUGCAUUAUCAGUACAGUAUUCAGGUUAUGUAGUGAUGGACCAUAUAAUUGUGUCAUAAUAAGACAUAAAUGACAGAUCUUGUUUCAUUGUGUCACUACCAGGCAAACUGCAUCGAUUCAACAGCAGAACCUGCUGCAGUAUUUGCUGGAGAAGUGAAGAAGAUGCAAGCAGAGAAAAUGAAACCCCAGGAACAGUUGACACUGGAACCGUACGAGAGAGAUCAUGCUGUAGUUGUUGGAAUUUACAGGUAA